UUCAAUGGAAACGUGGUUCUGGCUUCUCGGCUGGAUCCUUUGCAUCCUAACGAUGGUUGGAAAUGGAUUUGUCAUCUUCCUCUUUUGCAGUAAACGUCAGCUUCGCACCAAAACCAACACAUUCAUCGUGUCUUUAGCAGUGGCUGAUUUUUGUGUUGGAAUGAUUGCUGCUCCUUCACGUUUUCUCUACGCUAUGAUAAAUGAGCACAUUUCCGAUGAUGAUCUCCGACUAACGAUGUACGUGUGGGUGUUCAUACUUUACGCGUCUGGAACCAACUUGUUAAGUUUGAUAUUUGAACGAUAUAUCGCUGUGGUGAAACCUUUAAAAUACUUGACUCUUAUGAAGCGCCGCCGAGUCAUUCAAAUGGUUCUAACAUCUUGGGGAAUUCCUUUUCUUUUUACUCUGACUACAUUAUUGAUGGGAUUCUUUUCAUUGCAUCGAAUCGAAGGCUAUUUGUAUCUAUUUUACGAGGUAAUCUCGUGUGUAAUUUUAAUAUUUUUCCUUGCAUCCAUGUUUCUUGUUGUUUACAAGCAGAACUCUAGAGAUCGCACCUUAGCGAAACAAUUGCAGUUUAAUCGAAGGGUCGCUAAAGUUAAAACUCAGAACAGGUCAGCAGUGAAAUGGUUAGCAUUGGUGACCAGUGUGUUUCUGCUGUGUUACGGAAUAUACAUGCGUUGUAGUUUAAUAAUUUUAAUUGGUUAUCAUUGUAAAGAUUUUCAUUACAAAGUCCCUUUACAAGUUGUCAACUCUGGAAUAAACCCUAUAGCUUAUGCUUUCUUCAAAAGGGACAUAAAGCAGGAAGUUCGUUACGAUCACGUAAAAAAACGGAAAGAAAAGCUAUUCAAUUCGGACAAACCAUCGGGUCAGUCACCGAUUGGUUCCCAGUUCUCAUGUUUCCCUUACUCUGUAGAAGACAGCACCAUGCAGUACUCUAACAGCACUCUAAGCCGGUCUUGCGAUUAA